CCCAAUCUCUCUCUUUCUCGCCCUCUUUCUCUCUCUCCCUCUCUUUGUCUCUCUCUCUAUCUCUCAAACACACACACAAUGGCUGAGCGCCAAUAUCCGUCGAGAAGGCCCGCCACAACCACCGGCUCCUUCCUACAAAAGCUGAGAGAACACGCGCCAAACUCAACCCAGCUCGUGGGUCUCGCCACCCUCGUAAUCUCCGGCGGCAUUUUGCUCCUCCUCACCGGCCUGACCCUCACCGCCACCGUCCUCGGCCUCAUUUUCUUCGCGCCGUUGAUUCUCAUCUCCAGCCCCAUAUGGGUUCCCGUCGGCACUCUCAUCUUCAUCACCAUUGCCGGCUCCUUAUCCUUCCUCGGGUUCGGCGUGGCCGUCGUGGCGUCAGUCUCCUGGCUUUACAGGUAUUUCAGGGGGUUCCACCCGCCAGGCGCGGAUCGAGUGGAUUACGCGAGAACACGGAUCGCUGACACGGCGGGUCAAGUGAAGGACUACGCGAGAGAGUACGGGGGAUACCUGCAUAGUAGAGUUAAGGACGCUGCUCCAAGUGCUUAAAUUAUCAGUACAUCAACCCAAGUUUUGCAUUCUCUGUUUUGCAUUUCGUCAUUAAUCUUGUGAUCAUUUCUCUCCUGUUUCCAAUGGAUAUUUCUCUAAUUUGUUGUUUCUAUGAUAUUGUCGUGUAAUGAAGUAUAUUAUCCAUUUGGUAGCA